CACACCAGUCGACUUCAUUCUUUAAAAUUCAAAGGUUUAUUCAUCAUUAUUCACCAUUUCCAGAUAUGGCUUUCGCAUUGUCUUGCUCCUCUUCACCAUUGCUAUUCAACAAGGCCAGGUCAAGUUCCACCAAGGGUAUUUCCCCAUGUUCUGUUUUCUUUCCGCCAUUGACAUCUUCCAACAACAGCCCAUCUCAUCGGCUGUAUGUUGUGAGAGCUCAGACCACCGGCGGAGACAACAAGGAUACGUCAGGGGAUGCGCAUGUCGAUAAAAAUAAUCAUGGGAAGGCCAAUGAAAGGAGACCUAAACACUGGGCUAUGGAUAUCUCUCCUUCAGGUUCUUUUGACCCAUUGUCUCCGGUGAGGAUAAUGCUUCACAUGCUAGACACCAUGUACAGAAUAUUCGAUGAUACCAUACUAUUCCCUAGCCAGACAGGUAGCGAGAUGCGUGCACCUUGGGACAUCCAUGACGAUGAAAACGGAAUCAAGAUGCGGUUCGACAUGCCAGGACUUUCCAAGGAGGACGUCAAGGUCUCAGUGGAGGACGGUGUGCUCAUCAUCAGAGGAGAGCCCAAGAAGGAAGGAGGAGGAGGUGAUUCAUGUAGUAGCAGGAACUUCAAUAAAUACGAUGCACAUCUUCAACUUCCCGAUAACUAUGAGAAAAACAAGAUCAAAGCAGAGCUCAAGAAUGGAGUUCUGUCCAUCUCCAUUCCUAAGAACAAAGUAGGGAAAAAGGUCAUUGAUGUCAAAAUUGAGUAAAUGGUCUCUGUUUUGUGUAUUAUCUUCCCUGUUUUUAAUCUCUGAGGGACAUUUGUGAAUAAGAGUUUCAAAAAGUG